AUGGCGCCUCGCUCUCGAGCCAACGCGGCCGAUACUGACGCGUCUAUGUCAGAUGCGCAGGAGCAUCGGCAGGGAGAGGAAAUGGAAGUUGACGAGACCCCCGAUUACACCGAUACCGAAAACCCCAGUACAACCGCUAGCAGUGUUGCGGGUGAACCUACUGGAGAUGGUCGAAGGCGCCGCACAGAAGUAAACCAACUUCGUCGCAGUAUUUUUGGCAAGAAGCACGAUCGACUAGGCGAAUCUAAGGAAGAUGACACGAUCCGACGAUUUCGAUAUUUGCUUGGCCUCACCGAUCUAUUCCGCCAUUUCAUCGAGACGAACCCAGACCCCAAGAUUCGGGACAUCAUGACCGAGAUCGAUCGACAAAAUGCUGAGGCUGCGCGCGCCAAGAAGGGUGCUGGGAGGCAAGGAGGUGCCACGAGCGAGCGACGUCGACGCACCGAGGCUGAAGAAGAUGCUGAGCUUUUAAAGGACGAGAAGCACGGCGGUUCAGCUGAGAUAGUAUUCCGAGAAUCACCUGCAUUUGUUCAUGGCACCAUGCGAGACUACCAAGUUGCUGGUCUCAAUUGGCUCAUCUCGCUGCAUGAGAAUGGUAUUUCUGGUAUUCUCGCAGAUGAGAUGGGUCUCGGUAAGACCUUACAAACAAUAUCUUUCCUCGGUUACCUUCGACACAUCCUUGACAUCACUGGACCUCACCUGGUUAUUGUGCCCAAAUCUACCCUCGACAACUGGAAGCGAGAGUUUGCCAGGUGGACACCGGAAGUUGACGUUUUGGUACUUCAGGGUGCCAAAGACGAGCGACAGAACCUCAUCAAUGAGAGACUCGUUGACGAAAAGUUCGAUGUUUGCAUCACGAGUUACGAGAUGGUGCUGAGAGAGAAAUCGCAUUUGAAGAAGUUUGCUUGGGAAUACAUCAUUAUUGAUGAGGCACAUCGUAUCAAGAACGAAGAGUCGUCGUUGUCACAAGUUAUUCGUCUGUUUUCUUCGCGAAACAGGCUUCUAAUUACUGGCACGCCUCUACAGAACAACCUACACGAACUGUGGGCACUUCUCAACUUCCUGCUGCCCGAUGUUUUUGGUGACGCGGAGGCCUUCGACCAGUGGUUUUCUGGCCAAGACCGGGACCAAGAUACAGUUGUACAACAGCUGCACAGAGUGCUCCGUCCUUUCUUGCUGCGCCGUGUGAAGAGCGACGUGGAGAAAAGUCUGUUGCCUAAGAAGGAAGUGAACGUCUACCUGGGCAUGUCUGAGAUGCAGAUCAAAUGGUACCAAAAGAUUCUGGAGAAGGAUAUCGAUGCUGUCAACGGUGCAGGCGGCAAGCGCGAGUCCAAGACCCGCCUACUCAAUAUCGUCAUGCAGCUUCGAAAGUGCUGUAACCAUCCGUAUCUGUUUGAAGGUGCUGAACCUGGACCCCCUUACACAACCGACGAGCAUCUUGUUUACAACGCGGGCAAGAUGGCUGUUCUCGACAAACUCCUUAAGAGACUUCGGAAACAGGGCAGUCGCGUUCUCAUCUUCUCCCAGAUGAGUCGAUUGUUGGAUAUUCUUGAAGACUACUGUGUUUUCCGAGAGUACAAGUACUGCCGAAUUGAUGGCGGAACUGCUCAUGAGGAUCGAAUUGCUGCUAUUGAUGAGUACAACAAACCCGGGUCGGAGAAGUUCGUCUUUCUUCUUACCACACGUGCUGGUGGUUUGGGCAUUAACCUUACAACCGCCGAUAUUGUCGUUCUUUACGACAGUGAUUGGAAUCCUCAAGCUGAUUUACAGGCCAUGGACCGAGCCCAUCGUAUCGGCCAGACUAAACAGGUUGUUGUGUACAGAUUUGUGACGGAAAACGCCAUCGAAGAAAAGGUUCUGGAGCGAGCUGCUCAGAAGCUACGCCUUGACCAACUUGUCAUUCAGCAAGGCCGUGCCCAACAAGCAGCCAAGGCCGCAGCCAACAAGGAUGAGCUUCUCUCUAUGAUCCAACAUGGUGCAGAGAAGGUUUUCCAAUCCAAGGGACCUACCGGUAACAUGGCAUCUGGCGAUGGUGAAAUUGCAGAUGACGAUAUCGAUGAGAUCCUUGCAAGAGGUGAAAACCGAACUAAGGAGCUGAAUGCCAAAUAUGAGAAGCUGGGAAUUGACGAUCUACAAAAGUUUACAUCAGAAUCUGCUUACGAAUGGAAUGGAGAGAACUUUGCCAACACAAAGAAAAACAUCAAUAUGACCUGGAUUAACCCCGCCAAGCGAGAGCGAAAGGAACAGUCGUACUCGAUGGACAAGUACUUUCGACAGACUAUGUAUCCUAAUCCCAAAGCCGAUGCCAAGCCCAAGGCACCCCGAGCACCUAAGCAGACUACUGUGCACGAUUACCAGUUCUACCCUCCGCGUCUGCGCGAUCUUCAAGACAGGGAGACUGCCUACUAUCGAAAGGAAAUCGGCUACAAGGUUCCUCUACCUGAUGGUGAGGAGGACGCUCUCGAAGAGCGAGAGGCUGAGAGAGCCCUCGACCAGCAGGAGAUCGACAAUGCUACACCUCUGACUGAAGAGGAAAGAGAGGAGAAAGACAAGCUAUCAUCGCAAGGUUUCGGAGACUGGAACAAGCGAGAUUUUCAACAAUUCGUCAACGGAUCUGGCAAGUAUGGACGAAACGACUAUGAAGGCAUCUCCAACGAGAUCGAUAGCAAGACAGCACCAGAAAUCAAAGCAUACGCCAAGGUUUUCUGGCAGCGCUACACGGAGAUUGCAGACUACCCCAAAUACAUCAAGACCAUUGAAGAUGGAGAGGAGCGGACGCGACGCGUUGAGCACCACCAAAAGCUACUGAGAAAGAAGAUGCAGCAAUACCGUGUCCCUCUACAACAACUCAAGAUCAACUACUCUGUCUCUACCACCAACAAGAAGGUAUACACCGAAGAAGAAGAUCGAUUCUUGCUAGUUCUGCUCGACCGAUAUGGCAUCGACUCGGAAGGCCUUUACGAAAAGAUGCGAGAUGACAUCCGAGAGUCGCCUCUGUUCCGGUUUGAUUGGUUCUUUCUUAGUCGAACCCCUAUCGAGCUGUCUCGUCGCUGCACUACUUUGAUCACGACUAUUGUCAAGGAGUUUGAAGACGUUCCUAUUCGGGGCUCAAACGGAGUCAACGGGAAAUCCAAGCGAGAGCCUGACGAUGAGAACGACGAGGAUAGCAUCCUUGGCAUGGCACCGGCGAAAAAGAAGGCCAAGAACGGUGUAAAGAACAAAGCACUCGAUAAUGUCAAGUCUGUUAAGUCUAGCAAGAACAGUUCGACCACUCCGUCAAGAGCAUCCAGUGUUGUAUCCACUGCAUCUGCAGGAGGUUCCGCCAAGGGCAAGAAGGGCAAGAAGAAGUAA